UUUGAACCAUUCAAAUGCCAGCGCUACUUAAAAGUCCUUCGACGCUUUGGACCGACCAAUAGCGCUGUUGCACGUUUAAGAAGCUCAGAAAAUGUUUGCCAAAACAUCGAAAAUGAUGUCUUUCUCCUGCAUAGUUGGCAUCUUAAUAUGUAUUUACGCAUUACAUGUGGAGCAUUCAAAGGAAUCAAAUAAGGAGUACCGUGCAUUUUGUGAUAUUUCCGAAUAUAUGAGUUGUUCGAAUGUAUUGACAUCAAAGUAAGACUAUGUUUGCAUGCCUUUUUUUAAAACUCUGAUACGGCCGAGGACUUGGAUUACCGAUAAAUUCUUACGGGAAUGCCAUAUUUACCCAAAGGAACCCAGUAUAUGGUCUAUUUUACUACACUCUGAUGUUCUUGCUAAGUUGUCUCAAAUCAAAAAUAAUGACGAAAUUAUCAAUACUACUGUCUUGCAUUUCUGUUCUGGGCUCAAUUUACUUGUGUUACAUUUUAUUUUUUAUUCUCAGAGAUAUUUGUCUUGUUUGUUUGUCUAUAUACGCUGUAAACGUUAUUAUUUGUUACUUAUCAUUUAAACGCUAUACAAAUGAACAUUUUAUGAAGAAAUCAUUAUGAAAUUAUCUAGUGUUUUUUUUAAAAAUUCGUAUACUGCAUUUACUGCCAUGUAAUAUUAUUAUGUUUCGCCCUUUCUCUACCUUUUUUUAGAAGUAUUGAAAAUGCUGUGGCAUAUAGUUGUAACGUUCUUGUAUAGCGAGAUGUUCGUUGUUUUGCUGAUGAUUCUUCCAUUUUUCUCAUCACAAACAUGGAGCAAAUUCUUCAAAUUCAGCAUAAUCCAGAAGAUUUCAGAAAAAUCAUCAUUCUAUUUUCGUUUAUUUCUCGUAAUGUUAGUAUGCGUGUUAGCUGAAGCACUUCGUAAUAUAUGGGUACUGAGACAAGCCUAUAAUUCAAUUAAAGAUCAUCCUCAUGAAAUGCGUCCAGAAACAGAAUCUCUUUACUUGAUGCGUAUGUUCCGUGCUCAACGUAAUUUUUAUAUUACUGGAUUUUCGUUAUUCGUGUGGUUUGUACUGCAUCGUCUUGUCAGUUUACUUUCGGAACAUGCCAAAAUGCAAGCUUCCGAAGAGGCGAGUAUUAAACAAGCUCAAAGUGCAACAGCAGCAGCGCAACGUUUGUUAGAUCAAUCAAAAGUUACUGAUAGUGAUACGGAAGAUAUAUAUGUGUCUUUAAAAAACCUGGUGAUAAGUAACAGUAGAAUCCAGAAAAUACGUUUCGUCCUGUUUAGGAUUCAUCAGCCUGAUGUAACUACAUCCCAAUAUUGAUCUUCACACUGAAAUUUGAACACAAUACCAUUCGCUUCCAAUACCAACUCGUUAUCCACAGAAGUACCAAGUCCAGAUAUCCACUGGAUUAUGCAAUGAAGAUGAAUUUGAUUUGUAAAUAUUUAUAUCUCCCUUUUGUGAUAUUAAAGACUAUAAUUGAUUAAUACAUUUUUGGCAUACAUGUGAGUCCUAGAUAAAACAAACACUCAUCAUGGAUUCCAUUGCUAAACACUAUCCAACUUUACUAAAAUAAUAAAACAAGUGUUAAAAACAACCAGUCAAAUCCAAAGUUGACAGGACAAACUGUUAGUUAUAUAUGGAUAAAUUCGAAUAGCUCACUUUCAUCUAAAUUUUGUAUUUGUAAUGUUUUCUGGAAGGAAAAUAAGACAGUUUCAUGGUCAGACGUUAAAGUUCUGAAUGUGAUUCUCGGUGAGGUCGUAGAUGGAUACUUCUGUGAAACUUCAUAGUAAUAUGAAAUGCUUACUGAUUUUCAUUGGUCGUCUCCCUACAGUCAAUUCGUGAUACAAACUGUGAAAUUCAAUGAUCUCCACAAACCUGCCACACUAAUUUUUGUGCCUUAUUAAUUUAACCAAGUAAUCUAGUUGUACAUUAACUACUUUGUGCUUCACAGUUGUUAUUGUUAGGAUUAUAGAAUGCCCUGAUACGACCGAGGGUAGAGAGAGUCCGCUCCCCCCUCCAUAUUCUCUCAUAUGAUCACGCGUAUAUAGCCACUCAUCAUUAAGUCCUACUCCCUGCCUUCCCGCCAACGGGCUGCUCUUCACGAAGUCAAGAGGACGAAAAGCAAAUAUUUUGGAACUUAAACCAGAUUAGUGGACGGAUACAGAGGAUCUACCUAGGACAGUUGGAAAACCCUGGUUCCAAACCAAUGGUGAACAUGGGCUUCAGGAUCCUAAGGGAACAAAUGGAGUAUGAACCUAAUCUUGAUCACGGGCUACUAUGUGAUCGCAUCUCAUAACGUUUCUUCAAUGUCUUGUAGAGUAGAUUCCUUGACCAAAGGCUUAUGGAGUGGCUCCUAAGACAACCAACUGCUUCGGUUUGGACAACCGUACAGUAUCUCGUCCCGCAUACAAAUUGAGUGAUUUUUGUGGCGCAUAUAUAUUUUGGUGCUCCUUUGUAUCAGUGUAUAUGCGUUUAAAUAUUCAGUCAGUCAGUAACAACGUAGAACUUCGUACGUACGUACGUACAUCAGUUCGAGCUGCCAUACCAUAUUAGCAUAGAGAUGCAGUUGUCGAUCCAAAUCCCGUAGUGGUAGAGGUAUUAAAAGUAUAAGCAGCGUUUUAAUAAAUAGAUAAAGAUUACAGAGUGAUGAAUUUUCUUUAUGUUCACACUUAAAAUAUAAAUUCCAUAACUGUGCAAGCAUUGCAGGAGAAGGUAUUUAACUUUAACUAAUGUUGAUGUUAGACAGAAGGUCUAACUACAAUAUUGAACCAUAUUGAGUAUAUCGGACUGUGUAAAAUAAACCAGUUUUGUGUUUUAAAAGUUAUUCUUUGCAUGUAUGGUUAAAACUACGACCACAUAACUAUUAGGGCUAUGUUGUGUUAGGGUCAGUCGCGUUUGAUCCAAGCAUGAAGUAACGACAAUGAGUAGCAAAAUCUCUAUGGCUAGCUGGAAACCUCAGCUGUGUGCCUCGAUGCAGCAACCGCGGGUGCAGAUCUUAGUGGUCGUAGCAAGUAUUCAAGUAAGAACAUAGAAGGCUGAGAUGGGGUGGGGUUCCAUGCGAACAGGAGUCGAAUAUGGGCCAAGCGGCCCAAAAUUAUCUGGCAAAUUGGGACUGACGCGGUGUUUAUGACAUUGUCCGUCCGCAGGAUUCGCGCAGUAAUUUGCAAAGCACUGUCGCAUUGUAGCCCCCUGUACUGAAAGAGAGUCGGGUUAAUAUUCCCGACCUUAACCACAGAAAUUGGUGUAUUUUGAGUCUUUGGCUCGAAUUAAGCCUGGUGCGGUGACGCGAUCAACCUCGAAGAUAUCGGCGAGAGUUCUAGAAAGAGUCCUCUUUUCUCUGCCAGCAAUCCACCCACUCCUUAAAAUCGGCUUGAUCAGGGACAGGGGGUAGCCUGCUUUGUAGCCCGCUUUUGUAGACCAUAAGCAAUAAGAAGAGGAGCAGUUUGAUUUUCCUGGCAUCCUAUACUCAUAUCUACAGCAGCUAUUUAAGGUAUACGGCCUUUGAAAACUGACAUGUCGGUAAAGGAAGCUAGCAAAUUGGACCCGUAGCGUUGAGGGGAAGAUCGACUCUAGGGACCAAGAUCAAAUGCAUGUUGGUCCAAUCGGGAGCUGAUUUCUUUGCUUCGCUGUGUGCUCCGAUGUGGAUUGUAGUGAGGUUUCUGAACUCUAACCAGGGUCCAUUGUGGGUGAGUUCAGCUGUUAGUGCUAAGCAACUCUCAGUUCUAGUAAAAACUACAAAAUGCCGUAUAUGAAAUUAUAGUUUGUAACAAAAUUUUGAACUCUAUAUUUGUUUAAAGUGUUUUUUAAUCACUAUAUAUAUAUAUAUAUAUAUAUAUAUAUAUAUAUAUAUAUAUAUAUAAACAUAUAAUUUGAAUAUAGCUUUCUGUAAUCUGUGAAAUUCUUCUCUUUCUUGUUCACUAGCCUGAUACUAUGGAAGCACUGAAA